AGAAAAUGUUCCUUACAUUCACUCUUUUAGGAUAAUAGCCAUUAACAUUGUUCUACGUCUAGUGCCAUCCUUGAUUUAAACACACCCAACUUUAUUAUUACCCCUUUUUUUAUAAAAAUUUUCAGUGGCAAUUACGAGAAAACCAUAACUUUUAAGCUUUUACCUUUUCGAUUUAGUUUCUGUUAGCCUCCCCCCCCAGUUCAAAUUUGUUAGACGGAGACAAGCUGCCUAAUCCAAACUUAUUUUUUUUCCAAACCAUGAUGAUCUCCCACGGGUAGUUUCGGGAGUAUUUGGUAGCACACACUAUGUUUUUGUAAUUCCUGUGUAAAACAUUUCGUAAAACAUGUAGUCACCAUUCACCAAUACGAAUCGCCACUUUGCGGUACUAUCAUGACUAUUUAAAAGAGCAAGACGACAGGAUUGUACUUGAAUCCAGCGAUUCAGUUUUGAGAUGAUAUGCCAAAUACAAAAUUGGUAACAUGCGAGUGUGUUGGUAGAACGGAAGACUGAAUCAAGCGAUGAUGUUUUUGACAAGUGUCAUUAUCUCAAGGGCCAAGAUCAUCUAUCAUAUGGAAUAACAGGAUGAAUCAAUCAUACUAUUUCCUGCUAGAUAUUCAUCUGUGGUUGUAAUUGGCAACACACAUCAAACAAUGGAUUGAAUUUUGCAUCUCUAACAUUUCUUUUUUUCUCUAAAGAGUAAUGCAUGGUGGUUAGAGCCCUAAUGGCUAGUAAAUCAAGUUGAACACGUAUAUUACUUGCAUUUUACUAGUAUUGCGUUGCUACUAACUCCAUUGAGCUAAACUGCGCAGGAGUGCAUGGUGCUGAUGUUUCUUCAUUGUAUAUGCAUAUAGAACAUUCUUUAUUAAGUAUUAUCUGUUCCGUCAUUGUCUUUACAACCUAAUUAGAACCCGUCCACUUUUCAACCCACUUCUUUCAACAUAGCUACCGAUUAUAACUGAUGACCAGCUUACACCUAUCGGGAUUUACCAGUUCGUUCUGCUGUCGUUUCCAAUGGGAAGUGCUUGCGACAUCCACCGUAACAUAAACUAAAAAAUUAUUUUAGACUUUUAAAAAAGACUGUAAAAAAAUUGCACUCCAUAUUCUUUUCUACAGACAACAUCAUUGUAAAACCACUUUAUUGCACCACCAACCUCCUCCUAUUGAUACCCCGGGCUUAUAGAAACAAGCCUUCUUACAGGAUCUUUACAGAAAUUGCAUUGUAUUUGGAAAAACACGAUCGGAUAUAUCAUAGAAUCAAAGUCAUUCAAUAUAAACACAACUUUGUACCGCAAACCCGAUCUUUUUAUAUUGGACCAGUAAGCGCACACUAUGGCACUAAGACUUUCACCUGAGGGUGCAGCAGUUACGGAGAUAAUACUAUCGGCUUCAGAGAGCCAACCAAGACCGAUUCUACAGGCAUACGCCAGUGAUGACAACGCCGAGUGUAGUGACUAUGAAGACGAACAACAAGAAGAAAAUGAUACCGAAGAACAAGAAGUGGUUAUAGAAGUCCAAGAGCAGCAAGGUGGCAUAGCUACCAACUCUAUUCAAAGUUUUCAUGAGUACGAGUUGACCCAAUCCGAGUCACUCACGUUCUUAUACAAUUUAUUAUACGACGACAAUUCACAACUAUCAAAAUCAGAUAUUUUGAUUAUUUUAAAUUCAUUGAAAAUUAGGGAAGACAAAUUACCGUUUAGCUUUGAAUCUUCAGAUCGUGGUGAUAUUCAGGGCGUCAAAUGGCCACAUGGGUUGAAACAAAAGUUUAACAAUGACCGACGUCGAGUGGGGAAAGACAACUGGUUCCAUAAUAUCCCCAACUCACGAGAAAAUGCACUAAAAAAACUUAAUGUUAAGGGAUACCAAAUUAAGACUGAGUUUUUCAAAUUUCAUAAAUUUUUUAGUAAAUUGAAACUUCACAUUACUCAUUUACAAUUACGAAACUUAGUUUGCUGUGGAACUGAUAUUGGAAAUGGAAUAUAUUACCCUCUGAGCUAUUACCAUGAUUCACACAUGCAAACCGUAAGUGUAAAUGACGGAGAUCAAGACUAUCAUUCAUUUUUCAGAAUUAACAGAUUAAUGCCAGACAAAAUAUUCCUGGGAAAAUCUCAUGCUAUGAAAGUAGACUGUCUAAUAGAUUCUCGAAACCUAUCGAGAAAUUCGAAUAGUAGGAUAUCCACAUUGGCAUGUACUAACAAUUAUUUAGCGAGUGGGACUUUUGAAGGAAGUUAUAUACUAUCGGAUGUUUCUAAUCCCGAGCAAGUACGAAAUAUAGGGGAAUACCACCUUUCCAGUAACAUAGAUGGAAUCACCAACCAAAUAAUAAUAAACGAACGAGACCAAGAGUUAAUAAUAUCAUCAAAUGACAAAAGCAUGAGGCUAAUAGAUUUAAACAAACACAGAAUAACCCAAUUGCAUACCCUACCAUUCCCGCUUAACUGCUCUGCACUUAACCCUACCAAUUCCAAUGAAUUAUUUGUCACGGGGGACAAUAUCAACUCGUAUAUUGUCGAUAAACGAAUAAAGUUUAGUGAGAAACACCUUGAAUUUAAAUCGCAUGAUGAUUUUGGAUUCGGAUGCGAUUGGUCUCCUCGAGAUGAAAACUUGCUAUUAACGGGAAACCAAGAUUCUUGUGUUAAGUUAUGGGAUAGAAGAAACCCCGACAAGCCAUUGUAUUCGUGGAGUGGAACUCUUGGGUUCAGCCAAGGCAUAUAUGGAGCUCCUGUCAGAAACUGUAAAUUCAGUCAUAAUGGAGACUACAUUGCCUGGGCGGAAAGUUUAGACCAUGUGGGUGUAGUUGAAGUUAAUGAUUUGCUUCAGACUGGAGAGACAGGCAUACAAUCUAGAAUCCAAUCUAUAGAUUUCUUAGGAAAGUGUUGUGGGAUGAACUUCGCUCCUGUUGAACAUGGCCAUGGAGAACAGUUGAUUAUUGGUGUUAUAGAUUGUCCCUUGGGUGGGAUAUUAAGUUAUAAAUUAGAGAGUAGAGACAAGUCCUUAGAUUUUGACUAUUAUUUCUGAACAAGAAUUACAUACAAUACACAUUGCAAUCACCACAUCUCGUCUACAUUUUCACUGGUUGACAACUGACCACCAACCAGUUUUAUCAAAUCGUCAAGACUGUUGAUAUUGGAAUUAUCUUUAGUUAAAGUGGAUAUAACUCUGACCUUAUUUCUUGCUUUUGUAAGUCUCGUUUCGUACUCUGCCACCUCAGCAUCACUAUUCCCGCUGGGAAUUCCGUCAAUCAAUUCUUCCAAUUGUCGCAAAUGUGAUUCGAGAGAUGUAAUGUUUCCUUCAUAUUGACUAAGUCGUUUUCUCCACUGAUCAACUAGCCCCUGGAUGUAACCUACAACUAGGAACCGUUGGAAUCCAGUCUGUAAUCCGUAUUGUUUGCCUUCUAUAUAUUGCUCAUUGGUUGAUUGGUCUUGUCCUUCUUUAUAUCCCAGCUUAUACAGCUCUUCUUCAGGAUUGAGUAUUUCUUCAGAGUCGAUAUUAAAGUCAGUCAUUGCUUACGAAGCAAAGUGAAACAAACCAGAU